GUGGGUGCCGGAAGACAAGGAUGAUUGAUGGGAACCAGUCACUGGCCGGGGAGUGCACAUCCUUCUGCCCAUCCUGACUUCUCAGCACCUCUGAGCAGACCCCGGAGCCGGCAACACUGGGGACCACUCGAGGUUAUUGGAUGUACAACAGGAAAGCUACCCCACGGCUAAUUUGUCAUCUGUUACUGGACAUCUCUCCCCAAAACAAAACUAGACCCGAGUCCGAUAGAUAUGCACUCCAAGGACAAAGAAACUGCAAGUUGUUAACACCCAACACACAAGCAUGUUAAAUCUCCACCAAAGUCAAUACACCUGAACACACACAGUAUCUUCAUAGAUCACAUUCUGUUUCGAAAUCUGCUUUGAUGUCUUGACCUCUUUUUUAUAUGUACCUAUAAAUAUAUGUAUAAAGAAUUAUCUCCGUAAAGAUACGCACACUUACAUAUAUACAGAUACUUGCCUAUGUCGAACAGACACUGAUUACAAAUAAGACGCGAAGAUCGCCAAGAAUUUAGAGAUGUAUUUGUCAAGAUUCCUGUCGAUCCAUACCCUUUGGGUUACAGUGUCAUCGGUGAUGCAGCCCUACCCUUUGGUGUGGGGACAUUACGAUGUGUGCAAGACUCAGAUUUACACGGAAGAAGGGAAGGUAUGGGAUUACAUGGCCUGUCAGCCGGAAUCCACGGACAUGACAAAAUAUCUGAAAGUGAAACUCGAUCCUCCGGAUAUUACCUGUGGAGAUCCUCCGGAGUCCUUCUGUGCAAUGGGAAACCCCUACAUGUGCAAUAACGAGUGUGAUGCAAGUACCCCCGAGCUGGCCCACCCUCCGGAGCUGAUGUUUGAUUUCGAAGGGAGACAUCCCUCCACCUUCUGGCAGUCGGCUACCUGGAAGGAAUACCCCAAGCCCCUCCAGGUGAACAUCACUCUGUCUUGGAGCAAAACCAUUGAGCUCACAGACAACAUCGUGAUUACAUUCGAAUCGGGGCGGCCGGACCAAAUGAUCUUGGAGAAAUCGCUGGACUAUGGACGCACGUGGCAGCCCUAUCAGUAUUAUGCCACAGACUGCUUAGACGCCUUCCACAUGGACCCCAAAUCUGUGAAGGAUUUAUCACAGCACACGGUGUUAGAAAUCAUUUGCACGGAAGAGUAUUCCACGGGGUAUACCACCAACAGCAAGAUAAUCCACUUCGAGAUCAAAGACAGGUUUGCCUUCUUUGCUGGCCCUCGGCUGCGCAACAUGGCCUCCCUCUAUGGACAGCUGGAUACCACCAAGAAGCUCAGAGAUUUCUUCACAGUCACAGACCUGAGGAUCAGGCUGCUGAGACCAGCUAUUGGGGAAAUAUUUGUCGAUGAGCUACACUUGGCUCGCUACUUUUACGCCAUCUCAGACAUAAAGGUGCGAGGAAGGUGCAAGUGCAAUCUCCACGCCACCGUGUGUGUGUAUGACAACAGCAAACUGACGUGUGAAUGUGAGCACAACACCACAGGUCCCGACUGUGGGAAAUGCAAGAAGAAUUAUCAGGGCCGGCCCUGGAGUCCCGGCUCCUAUCUCCCCAUCCCCAAAGGCACUGCGAAUACCUGUAUUCCCAGUAUUUCCAGUAUUGGUAACCCUCCAAAGUUUAAUAGGAUAUGGCCGAAUAUUUCUUCCCUUGAGGUUUCUAACCCAAAACAAGGUAGGAGCAUGUAAAAUUCCUACUGAUAUAAAAUCCCAUGUGCUUGGGGGAAAAAUGCCAUAUACCAUUUUUAACAUUAAUAAGAACAUUGUCGUGAAUGCCAUGUCUUUGAAAGAGUCAUAAUUCCUAUCUUCCUUUUUCUAAUAUGAAAAUUGCCCUGGAAAUACUGGAGUGGGACAAGAAGGGGAAAAAAAUGAAGUGAUGUAAAAGCUAUAACCCUUUACCAAAUUUAUUUCAAGUGUCAGUAAGUCUCAAGAGAAGCUGAGAAUUCUAUGUUUCCGCCAAUAAGGAGUGCAAGUCUUAAAAACUUGGGAGUGGUACAGGCUCCUUUCUCUUCCUCUUUUGCUUUUCUUAAGUAAACAGAGUGGUUCUCCAUCAUAAUGGUUGGCAGUAGUAGAAAAAGGCAGCACUGAGACACCCAAUCAACCCAACAGCUGUUUUCUUUCUCUGUUGUCCCACAUUGCCUUUUUAAAACUUUGGAUCACAAAGCAAUCCUUCUCUCUGAAGUCUCUCUGUGUCACUGUCUGUGUCUCUCCCUCCAUUUCUCUCUC